AUGGCAGAUUCAAUACGAUCUCGCCCACACACACGUUCGCGAUCUCGCGUCCUUUCCACUGGGUCAGUUGCAGUUGAUGAUGAUGAUUCUUCACACUCACGCUCUGCCAGUGGACAUCCUCCUGGAGCCUUUGAAAGCUCCAUUGUCGAAACACCCUCUCGAUUCGAAGCUGGUUUGAAUACAGCUCCUGACACGGUCAGGCCGGCCCCCCGAUCUACUCGACAGCUUGAUGCUGGUUCUCUUGAUGAGAAUAAUGGACACCCAGGUGUCUACCGUUCGGGCGAGGCAAUAUCAGACCAACAGAUGGAGCAUCUCAAGAUGAUACUUGAGAUGGACAAGGGGAAGCAAAGAGUCCUAGAACUCGAACUACAACUGGAAAAACUCCGUCAACAGAGAUCCUCAUCCUCUACAGAUCGACCACAGGAUGUCAACAAUCAUCCUGCCACCAUAUCAACAGCCCGUACAGCCACAUGGAAUCCUAAUCUCGGUGAAAGGUUGGAAUUCAACCUUUAUGAACCGGAUAGCCGUGUUGGCAAAGCAAUCUCCCAAUUCAAGGAAGAUGUCAAGAAUACUAUGAGACCAAACAGUCUAACUGGCACAUUCAAUUACACCACAUGGAGCAUCUUCAUGAAAUCGAAACUGGUUGAUGCACAGUGUUGGUAUAUGAUAGAGAAACGACAGACCCAGAACCCUCUACAAAGAGAUGAUGAAUGGGCACCAUUCUGGGACGCCAGAAACCGGUGGCUCUACACAUUCAUCUCGAACUCCUUGGGUGCAGGUGUCAGACCAUGUUUCUCCAAGUAUGAUGAAAAUCGGAUUGCUUAUACUCUAUGGAAUGCAAUUGAAAAGGAAUACUCUGUCCUCAAAACACAGUUAUGCCGUGAGGCAGUUCUGGAAUUCAUGUCUCUUGGUGGCACACAGGUCACCAAUCUACACACAUUCUUUGAUAAGUUCCGGUCCGCCAUCACGAAAUUGGAGAUGUUGGAUGCUUCCCCCUCAGAUGCAUGGAUAUUUGAUACCUUCUACUCAGUUCUACCCAACAAUUGGAGGAAUUAUGUUCAGAAGAAGAUAGAGGAGAUACAGGAUUCCAAAUCCACAGCUGUGGUAUUGGAUGUUGAUCUUCUCAUGGAGGAGAUCCGUUCGCGGCUUGAUCCUCCAAAAGAUAAAAAGAAUCUGCAGAAUAUAGAUUCUGCGGCCAACACAGCUACAACAGCUACAACAGAUACAAUGACCACUACAUCUACCAAUUUGAACAACAAUACAUCGAAUCCGGCCCGUGGAGGCCGUACUGGACGUGGUCGUGGCAACAGUGCUCCAGAUAAUUGGAGGAUCUACAACGCUGCGAGGAUAAAGGAAUUCAAAGAAAAGAAGGAGAACAAUAGUGGGGGUGGGACCCAACUAUCCAUUACAGAUGGUUCAGAGACCUUUCAGAUGGCAAACCUCGCAGAGGUUAUCAAUGUGCCAGCCUGUUUUGUGGAACUCCACAAGGAUCCCUCCAACGGGCGUUUAUACAUAUCAAAAGACGUCAUCUUCCAGGAGGACCUCCAUCUUGCCGAUCCAUCGAUACCGACUACUCCACACAACCCGAAGGUCCUACCCAAUGCGGCCCGUAAAGCGGCUGCGGCGAUUCCUUCGGCGACACCAGGCUUACCCACUGCGGCCCGUCAAGAGACUGCAGCGAUUCCUGAUCCAUCAAUUGAUAAUCUAUUCAUUGAUGAGGAAAUUCGACCUGAGUGUCCAUUAUUUCUCAUACCCACUAAUAAUUGGUGGAUUGACUAUGAUAUCUCCGCGAGAAUACCUACCCUUUUAGUGCAGAAUACACUGAACUCCCCGGAACCCACAGUUGAAUCUGAUGACCCUCCGACAUCUACAAGGGAUAUCACUAUAGUGGGGGAAGCUUCAGUGGGGGACAGUCUUGAAGACCUACCCACCGAUCCCGAGAUCACUGCAUUUCCAAUCCCGAAAAACCUCACGCGCGCCAAAGCUUCCAUGGAAUGAAAGUAUUAUUACAAGGCCUGUGUU